AGGCAACGCACGCUUUGUCCAAGCAUAACUUUUUAGCGGACCACAGCGCUGUAAGCUCCCUCCAGUUCCCGCUGUAAACUGAACCCCCGCCGAAACACAACGUGGGACCCUUUGUCCCCUCUCGCACCCCUGCUUUUUUGCAUGGUCCCUUUAGCGCUGGCGCUACGACGCUACGACGCUAGAACACUAUAACGCUUUCCAGGGAAGCGCUGUAGCGAUGGCAACCAACAAAACAAGGAUGAUCGCCAGAUUGUCGGUUUCCUUUUUUUUCUUGUGACGUCGCCCCCUUUCCAACUUUUUGUCUUUGUCACUCUACGCAACUCUAAGCAAAAACCUUGCGUGCGCCUUGUCCGUAAAUCCAGGCUCCGUGCGUGGCUUGAGCGCUAGGACGCAGCCGACGUGCUCCUUUAAACGACACAACCAUCAUUGUUCUUGAACCGCCAGCCCAGCCACUCUUCCUCUUUUUACAAGACGCAUAAGCAUUCACGACUCUUUUCGAAUUUCGCACUCGACACCGAAAUACACAAAGAGAAUACAACCCCCGCCAACAGAUGCAGCAGCACAGUCUCUAGUACCAGCUCCUCGUCUCCCCUCCUCCUCCUCCCGCUUCUACAGCUGGGCCAGCCUCGACGCGGCCUUGCCUGUCUUUUUUUUCCUCCUCCUCCUCCGAAAUCUAUAGAUUGUCACACAUACAAUGGACUACAUGGACCAUACCUCGGACAUUGCGGCCCGGCUGGCUACGGGCAACGAUCGCCCGGCCUUCUACAAAGCCGUGGGUAUUGGCCUGGCUGUCGGCUCGGGCGCCUUUAUUGGCACCUCGUUUGUCCUGAAAAAGGUCGGCCUGCUCAAAGCCAACGACAAGUAUAACGAAGUUGCCGGCGAGGGCUACGGCUACCUCAAAAACUUUUACUGGUGGGCGGGCAUGACGCUCAUGAUUGUCGGCGAGAUCUGCAACUUUGUCGCGUAUGCCUUUACGGAUGCCAUUCUCGUCACGCCGCUUGGAGCCCUGUCGGUCGUUAUCACCACCGUCCUGUCUGCCAUUUUCCUCAAGGAGCGGCUCAGUAUCGUCGGCAAGGUCGCUUGUUUUCUGUGCAUAGUGGGCUCCGUCGUCAUCGUCUUGCAUGCGCCGCAAGAGUCGUCCGUCGCAAACAUUCAGGAAAUGCAGCACUUUAUGAUAUCGCCGGGUUUCUUGACUUAUGCAGGCAUCAUCAUUGUCGGCUCGAUAGCUGUCGCAUGGUUUGUCGCCCCCAAAUACGGCAACAAGAACAUGCUUGUCUACAUCUCCAUCUGCAGUUGGAUUGGUGGCCUCAGUGUCGUUUGCACACAGGGCCUUGGUGCCUCCAUCAUUGCCUGGAUAGGCGGCCAGCCUCAGUACAAGGAACCCUUUCUCUGGAUUCUCUUCGUCUUUGUCAUUGGCACGCUUCUCACCGAAAUCAUCUACCUCAAUAAAGCGCUUAACCUCUUCAACGCCGCCAUGGUCACACCCACAUACUACGUCUACUUUACCAGCACCACCAUCAUCACCUCUUCCGUCCUCUUCCGCGGCUUCAAGGGCACCCCUCAGGACAUAGUAACGGUCGUGCUCGGGUUCCUUGUCAUUUGCUCCGGUGUCGUGCUGCUGCAACUGUCCAAGUCCGCCAAGGAUGUUCCCGAUACCGCCGUGUUCCGCGGCGACCUCGACCAGAUCCAGACGAUUGCCGAGCAAGAACAGCCCGAAUCAGAGCCCAAGGCCGAUGCCAUCCGAGGGGCAGCCGCCAUUGUCCGCCGCAUCUCACAGGUGCGCAUGCGCAUGGAAGCCAACGAGCUGCAGCGCCUGCACGAGGAAAAGUCCAUGGACGGCCUCGGCGCCAUCAGCGAAGACGGCCAGCCUGUUCAAUACGAAUGGGACGGUCUACGACGCCGCAAGACCCUCGCCAGCCGCCGCGGCCGCGCCGUCACUGCUCCCGGCGAAGUCCCCGUGCCCGUGCCGACUUUCACGCCGCCCCCUCCCAGCGAGCACCCUCCGCUCGGCAUGUCCUACUUCCCAACACAAGAAGAACUCGAUCAGACACGCCCCGUCAGCCGCCCUAGCACUAUGCUCUCAUCGAUUGUCGGCAGCAUCCGCGGCCGCGCUCGCACAAACGCCACAAUGCCCCCGUCGUACGGCGACGAGGACGGCAAGAUGCGCAGCCCCGGCAUCCGCGCUGUUCCCUUGAACGACAUCCCGCCACACCCUCACUCUGCCGUCGACGAGGACCUCGAGCAGGGCACCUACUUCCCUCGCCAUGAGCAUCAACAGCAGCACCACAUCACCUUUGACAGCGAUACAUCGUACCGCGGCGCACGCGCAGACUCAACCGCCACCACGGGCAGCGGCACCACAGCCUUCCCUGGCCUGCCGACAAACCCGUUCCCCGCAAAGCGCCAGUUCUCAUUUAACCGCGUCUUCCGCAAGAGCCCGGACAAUACUGAAGAGGAGCGUCUGGGGCUUGUCAAGGAAGAGGAGCAGAAGAAGCGAGGCGGCAGCGGUAGCCGCGAGCGCGGCGAGCAGAGCCAGAGUCGCAGCCGUAGUAGAGAAGACGAUCUGCACGCGCACCGCCAUCACAUGCACCAUGAUGGCCGACCGAUAUAAAUCACGACCUUCCAAAAAAGCAUUUACACUUUUUUGACUCUUUUUCUGCGGUUCCUUUCUUGGGUUUCAUUAUAGAGACUGGAGUUGUAUAUUCUUGUUUUAUUCGCGCGCGGGGCAUUGCUUGACGUUUAAGCGACUGUGUAUUCUUGUAUAGGUCUACGUUUAUAGUAUUAUGUUAUGAUGUUAAUGGUAUAUGAUGCAUCGCCUACACUCUAACGUAUUUGCUGAAGAAUGUGAAAAAGAAAAGAAAAAACGCCUAUCGAGUGAUGCGCGCAGGACGUGAGGGUGUAAUGUACAGGAAUAGUGAGAUCGCUAACCAUGCAAAGUGAAUAAAUACAAGUUGUUCCGCUCUACCAGUCGACAGCCCAGCCGUUUUCUUCGAGAAACUCUUCGCAUGCGUUCCGCAGCGCCAUGUUUGGCCGUAAAUCCUCCAUAGUCAGGGGUUCUCUUGUUAACGGAUCAGAGGGGUGCCGGCGUAGAUGUUCAGUAAUGGAUGCUCGUUCGUAGGAUUUGCCCGUCUUGGUCUGCGAUUUCAGCUCUAGUUAGCAGAGGUCCCCUUUGUCUCAUCAGUUGUGUACACUUACAAUAACAGGGUCGACCAUGACGCCAAAGGAGAUAUCGUCAAUCAGCCAGUCAGGCACUUCUCGCCGCUGCUCAGCCUUUGAGCGCGCACGCUCGAACAUGGCCUCCAGGCGAGCCUUCUUGGCCGCGCCCUCCUCCCGCAGCGCCGACUUUUCCAUCUCGUCCUCUUCGGCCGCCACAUCGCUAUCCAGCUCCUUUUGUAACAAGGCGAGCAUCUCUCGUUCGAGGGCUUGCUCUUCACGGAUACGCAGCCGGUCCUCCUGCUCCCACUUCUCCUUCUUGCAUCGGAGCACCACGGCCGUCACAGCAGCCAGCGACUUAUCGUUCGCAGCGGCACAGAGCUCGUGCGCCUUAAGAGCGUGCGGGAGGGCAGCGGCCGGCGAGCCCAGCGCAAGUUGUGCUUGUGAGAGGUAAUAAUGGGCCUUGAUAUUAGUCGCGCCCGAGGGCAGCUCGAGCACAGCCUCGCAGUCGGUGAUGACGGAGUCCCAGUAGGCGAGCUUGAGGCGGGCCAUGGCGCGGUUGGUGUAGAGGGCAGGGUUUUUCGGGUCGACGAUGAUUCUGAGAGGAUGGUUAGCGGACUGGAAUAGGAGAUCAAAGACAAAUGGGAGACCCUACGCUUUGGAGUAGAGCGACUCGGCGCCGACAAAGUCGCCUGCCUGGAAGUGGCG